AUGCCCAGCCCCCGGAGACGGGCACCGCUGGGGAAGCACGUGCAGCUGGACGGCGAGGCCGGGGAUCCCCGGUGGAUCACCAGCGGGCGGCUGGCAGCGGGCUCUGCCGGCGCUGCUCGUGCGCCGGGGACCAUCGAGGAGGAUCCCCCUGCAGAGCAAACCGCCCACCUUUCCCCAGCGGUGCCUGUCCCCGCGGGACGGGCGGGCAGCGUGCACAGCUUGAUCCAGCAAGCCAGCGAGCUGCAGGCGUUGGCAGCGCAGGCAGGGAGCCCGGGCAGCGUUGCCGACAGCAGCCUGCCCGGGGGGGAGAAGCCAGGGAGGCCCUGGGUCCAUGCCACGACCCAGGGACCUCGCAGCUUCCAAGGCGCCCAACUGGUGCAGGUGGCCCCGAAGGCAAUGAGCCGCCCCGGGGACAGCGAGCUGGGGCGGCAGUUCCGGGACUGGUGCCUGCGCACCUACGGGGACUCGGCCAAAACCAAGACGGUGACCCGGAGCAAGUACCAGCGCAUCGCCGAGGUGCUGCAGGGGGGAUCCGGCUCCGGCGGCGGCUCCGGCGGGGGGGAGAAAGGCAAGUUCCAGUUCUGGGUCCGGUCCAAGGGCUUCCGCCUGGGAAACGGCACCAGGGAGGCGACGAAGAUGGGUCAAGUGGUGGUAUAUGUGCCGGUGAAAACGGGAACGGGGGCAGAUGGACUGUCGGAGCCUGAGGGCAUCUCUCUGAAACGUGUGGCUGUGGUGGAAGAUUUCUUUGACAUCAUAUACUCGAUGCAUGUGGAGAGCUCAUCGGAGCCGGGCAAAGCACCCAAACAUGCCGGGCAGAAGAAAACCUACCGAGCGAUUGCAGAGACCUAUGCUUUUCUCCCGAGAGAAGCUGUGACCAGGUUCCUGAUGAGUUGCACCGAGUGCCAGAAGAGGAUGCAUUUCAACUCCAACGGACUGGAGCCCAAAGAGAGCGAGCCACCUUCCUCUUUGGUUUCUGGGAUCAUUGACUACAACAUGCCCCUCACCUCUACUUACCUGAAGCAAAUGAAGCUGCGGGUGAUGAAUUCGCAGGAACAGGAUGAGACAUCGGUGAGCAGUGAGGACUUUGAUAUGAACGACUCCACAUGGAUCUCAGCUGACCAGCACCUGAACUCCAGCCUGAGCCCCAGCCAGGACGAGAGCAUGCGCAGCCCGCAGAACCUGCACGGCCAGGAGGACGAUGACUCCUCGUCAGAGAGCUGCAGCGGGAAUGGCUCCUCCACCCUGAACCCCUCCACCUCCAGCAGCACGCAGGGCGACAGCGCCUUCCCCGAAAUGAACGGGAAUGGCACCGCGGCCCCCAUGGACUUCACCGCCUCCGCUGACGACCAGCCCAUCAACCUCUGCGACAAGCUCGCGCCUGCCCAUGUCACCCCUUCCUACCAGUCGGACAGCUGCAGCGCCGAUGGGCUGCGCAGCAGGGUCAAGUACGCGGUGAAGACCACGGCAGAGUCCCCUCCGUACAGCUCCGGCAGCUACGACUCCAUCAAGACAGAGGUCAGCGGCUGCCCCGAGGACCUGACCGUCGGCAGGGCCCCCACGGCCGAUGAAGAUGAUGAUGACCAUGAUGACCACGAAGACAACGAUAAGAUAAAUGACUCGGAGGGGAUGGACCCGGAGAGGCUAAAGGCCUUCAACAUGUUUGUGCGCCUUUUUGUGGACGAGAACCUGGACCGGAUGGUUCCCAUCUCCAAGCAGCCCAAGGAGAAGAUCCAGGCCAUCAUCGAGUCCUGCAGCCGGCAGUUCCCUGAGUUCCAGGAGCGGGCGCGCAAGCGCAUCCGCACCUACCUCAAGUCCUGCCGCCGUAUGAAAAAGAAUGGGAUGGAGAUGACCAGGCCCACGCCGCCGCACCUGACCUCGGCCAUGGCGGAGAACAUCCUGGCUGCUGCCUGCGAGAGCGAAACGCGGAAAGCAGCCAAGAGGAUGCGGCUGGAGAUCUACCAGACCUCCCAGGACGAACCGAUCGCUCUAGACAAGCAGCACUCCAGAGACUCCACAGCCAUCACCCACUCCUCCUAUUCACUGCCAGCUUCAUCUUACUCCCAAGACCCGGUCUACAUCAAUGGAAGCCUGAACUACAGCUACCGUGGCUACGGGUCCCUGGGGGGCAGCCUGCAGCCACCCGCCUCCCUCCAGACGGGCAACCACAGUAACGGUCCGACCGAUCUCAGCAUGAAAGGUGGGGCCUCCAGCACGGCCCCCUCCAACAGCACCAGCAGGGGAAUGCAGGCUGCCCAGCCCCGCCCCACGGAGAUCAGCGCAGUGCGCCGAGAGUCGGCGGCGUUUCUGCUUCGAUCUGCAGACGAACUGGAAAACCUCAUUUUACAGCAGAACUGACUCCCUGCGUCUGCACCGCUCCUCUGUCGAGAAGACAAUUUAUACCUGCUAGAAAGAGGCUCCCAGCAGUGUCCUGCUCAGGACCACCAUCGUCCUCCCAUGAAGCGGCGGGUACAUGUAGUUUUAGAAGGUGGAAUCCAAAAGACCUGUUUUCUUUUACACUCCAAGCACCUGGGACUUGAGGCACAAGGACACGUUUUCGAACCGUACC